AUGUGUACUCCAUCAAUACGACGCAAAUUUGUCAGUGAACAAGCUCGAACACGUUUCGAAGAUCUAUCUCAUGAAGUGAUUUAUCAUAUAUUCGAUUGUUUGGAGUUUUUCGAUAUCUACGGUAUUUUUUAUCAUCUCAACAUCCGAUUUCGUCGAUUGAUCACUCACUCGAAUCUGCCACUCAACGUGCGAAUAUCGUCAAUCUCAAGAACCGAUUUUGAAUACUAUCAUGCCAAUCUUAUCGUUCCUUAUUCACAUCGAAUAUCUUCACUUGAUUUAAGAAAUCGACUUUGUUUUGAUCUUCUCAUAUCUCCACACAAUCGUUUGACAGAAUUUCCUCGUUUGCAAACUUUAAUUCUCAAAAAUAUUAAACAAAAACAUCUACAUCAAGUCUUCCAAGAUAUUUCCACUUUACCGUGUCUUUCAAAGUUUGUUCUUCAUUGUCCAGGAUACACGCACGAUAUAGAUCACUAUUUUCUUCUAAUAUUUCGUUUACGCGCAUUGAGACAUUGCGAAAUAUUCUUUCCCGAUGUACGCAGUUCAAUUCGAUUACCUUUUGCAGCAAUCGAUGAGCAAAGCUCUAUUGAACAUCUAACUGUCGCGCCUGACAUUUAUCUGGAGAAUCUUGAUCGAUUACUAUCCUAUGUUCCAAAACUUCGCUAUUUCUCUGUUGGAUAUCUUGGGCGAAGAGACGAUCAAGUUUCACUUCAAUUAAUCCCAAUGCCUAACUUAACACAUUUGUCUCUGACAAUAGGUGGAUUGAAUUUCGAUUACUUCGAAGCUUUAAUAAAAACUUUUCCGAAUAUUCAACGUUUACAUCUUUAUGGAUCCGGUCCAGGAGAUUAUCUGAAUCCAGAUCGAUGGGAAGAAUUGAUUACAUCCUCGAUGCCAUUUUUACGUAUUUUCGAUAUUUAUAUCGAUAGUUCUUUACCUAUUUCUUCGAUGUCACAAUUACGACGAUUCAAAUCUUCAUUUUGGCAAGAUCGACAAUGGUUUUUUUCCUAUUAUGGUUCAUACUAUCGCAAUUUUUAUUCGUGUCGCUUUCAUUCCGUAAAUCCCUCUCGACUAAGAGACUACUCGCUUGGCUAUGGUACAAAUUUUUGUACUGAUCCAGAUUUCAAAAAAGCAAACCUUCGGUCCGUUCGUCGCGUCCGGUUUUCAAGUCAAAAAGCUAUCUAUCAUUGUGACCACCGAUUUCUUCAAGCAACUGAUCUAACUUUAAAAAAUAUCACUUCGGAACAAGCGAAAAAUGAUAUCACUGCUCUUGAACAAACCAUCUCGUUUGAUAACCUUACUAAACUCGAAAUAAAUUCGAGUCGAUAUGCAUUCAAACAAUUAACCCAACUCUUGGCACUGACGCCCAAUCUACACACGUUGAAAAUUCAGCGGAUACAUCAAUUCGAUGAAACAGAUUUUACAACUUUUCCCACUAGUAACGUCUUCCAGUUUGUAUCAAAUGUAAAUAUGAUACAAUGCUUAUCAAUAACGUAUUUAACUGAAGUAAGAGAAGUGAAGUUGCUAUUUAUGCUAUGUCCACGGUUACAAUACUUCACUAUUCACCAAGAGCAAAGACAUGGAGUAGCGAUAGUUCGAUACUUAUCCUCGAAACUUCAUGAUGUUGCUCAACAUCUUAUUUUACUAACUAUGCAAAUUCAUAAAGGCAGACAUUUAGCAUCGUUGAAAGAACUUGUACGAACAAGAGAAUGCCUUCAGGAUUGGUUGCUGAUAGUUGAAAAUCAUCAGGUGUAUUUGUGGCGGCCGACACAAAUAACUACCAUUCAGCAAUUUCCUGUUCGAAUUUUAGUACUGAAUCAAAGCCCAAUAUCAUCAUCGACGUUUUUGGAUACCAUGCCAUCUUCUCCUAAAAAGUCUCGCUCUAUUCAUCAAAGUGUAAAAAUCAAGUCAUCCCAAACCUAUUAG